AAUCGGUAUCACGCGCUCAACAACCUUGCCACCGCUCUCAACACCAGAUAUAACACAUCAAAAGCCAGCAAGGAUCUCAACGAGACCAUCAACCUGUACCGGGAAUCACUUCAGCUAUGGCAGCAAGGUCAUCCCGAUAAUCAUACAACUCUUCUCAAUUUGCGUUCAGCGUUCUGUUCUCGUUUCAUGCAAAUUGAGAAGAAUAAAGAUGUUGAGGUGGUCAUUCGAUUGUGCCAAAAGUCGCUGAAGGUUUUGCCUUCACUGCACUCAAACAGAAAAUUUCAGCUACUU